UAAUUUGACAUUAGUCAAAAAGAGUAAUAAGUGCUAUGUAAACAAACGAAAAAAUAUUAAGGCAUUUUGUCCGUUUCAAAUAAAUCUGUUUAUGUAGUUACAUUAUUAUCUUAAGAAAAUGGAUAAGCUAACUGUAAUUUCUGGAACUUUGUUUAUGACUGCAGAUGUUUUUGCAAUCGUGAGUCUUGCUAUGCCAGAUUGGAUAAUUACUGAUGUAGGAGGUGAUACUCGUCUUGGAUUGAUGUGGUCUUGUAUAACAUUAUAUAACCGCCCGCAAGUUUGUUUUACCCCAGAUCUGCAACCAGAAUGGUUAUUAGCAUUGAUUUGUAUAUUUAUGGGAUGCAUUUGUAUAACUACAACUGUAAUUUUACUUGCAUCAAGUCAUUUUGAUCGUAACGUGAUACCUUAUGCACGCUGGGUUGGAUUUGCAGCAAUGGUGGUAUUUUGCUUAGCUGCUGUUAUAUUUCCUAUGGGCUUUCAUGUGGAUGAAAUUGGCGGCCAACCUUACCAACUACCAAAUAGCCAUCAAGUUGGAAUAUCAUAUAUAUUAUUUGUUCUUUCAUUAUGGAUAACUGUGAUAUCUGAACUUUUUGCGGGCAAAGUUUGCUUGCCUCAUUUUUAAUAUAUUUUUUUUGUAUUUAAUUAAUGCAUAUAUUUGUGGGAAAAGUUAAUUUGUAAAUUUAAGAAUUUAACAUUUACUUAAGUUUUCUUUAAUGCAAAAUAGCUAAUAGAAUAUUUAUAUGGAUAAAAAUUAU